AUGAUCCGUGCUGUAGCACUUGUCUGCGUGGCGGUGAUGCUGCUGACAUGCCUGCCAGCGGCUGCGAUCCACGAGGAUGAGCAAGGUCUGCGUGACUGGAUAAUGCAUCUCGUCGGCAACGUGCAGGAUAGUGCUGCGCAGGUGGCGACGAACCCACAACUGCUCUAUGUUGCUUCCGAAGACGGUGCCGUGGCGGCGAUCGAUGUCGGCGUCCAUGGUGGCUUGAACCUGACGUGGCGUCAGAUAUCCUCUGCGACGCCGCUGUGCGUCGCUGCGGGCCCGCAGACAGUGCUCACAGUGAACAAUGCCGGUGUGGUUACCUUGCUGAGCCCUACAACAGGGUCCAUUGAGGUGACGUACGCACUCCAGACUGUAAGCACAACUCUGCAGGUGGCCGCGUGCUCGAUCGACGGCGGGAAGGCAGUGGUGGUCACCUACGACGGCACCAUGCUGAAGCGCUUCGAGUUUUUGAUGGCUUCGGAAGAGCAAUCCAUCCGGGUCGCCGCGUAUGCGAGCGCGUCUGGUGAGGUGUCGAAGAUGUACGUGGCCGGCUCCGUGCUCCUUGUGAACCACGGAGGCGAGUCUACUGACGUGCUCCGCCUUGACAACCUCGCCAAAGAGCGCAGCGUGGCCGGUAUUGCCACGAGCAUCGCCGCUGACGGUCACUUCACAACCCGCGACGCGUCCACCGUCCGCUCUUUUCCUGCGAACGGCGCCGCAGGUGAGGUGGCGUGCUCCGACUGUGGCAUCGCCGUCGUGAGGAACGCGCACACCGGCGAGUCCAAUGGCGUUGUCCGCGUGGAGACGGAGGAGGACACGCUGCGCAUCACGUACCCGGAAUCGGCCGUGACGAUCCCUAACGUCUGCAGCAGCAUCACCGCCUACCCUCUCCUGGCCUUCGAGAAGGACGACGGCGACGUUAUUGUGCUUAUCAAGACCGGCGCACACAACCUGCUUCUCGUGAGCGCUGCGCAGGGCCUCCUGUGGCGCCGGUUUGAGGCGCUCGCAAACGUGGCUGCCGCCGCGAUUGUGGAGCCGAUGGGGGCGCUGGACCACUUCCACUUCAACAAGAACAUCUUGCUGGUCUCCCGCUUUGGCACGCUCUACUCGAUCCCCAUCGUAGGGAUGGGUGCGCAGGUGGACUUCAUCAAGGACUUUUCGCAGGAACUGGUGGCGGCCAUGAAGGCCCCAUCGAUGACCAAGGUGCAGGUGCGUGAGUUGGCUGUCCGGGACGACGGCCGCACCGCCGUGGUGUACGCUGAGUCUGGCGCGAUGGGUGGCCACGUCUUGAUCGACCUGGCGGAGCACAAGGUCACUAGUGUGACAACCUGCGAGAACGCCGUUCUUUCGACCCCCCAGCUGGAGGUGGCGGCUGACCUCUCCGUCAGGGGCUCGCUUUCACACGGCAUCCUCUACACAUACGUCAGCCACGCCGAGUCCGGCACAAUCGAGGGAUACAGCGUCAGCGCGGCGGCGGGUGCGCGUCCAACGUGGGUCGUGCAGAUGCCCUCGGCGAUUGUGGCGCACGCUGCCGGCAGUGAGCCGCGUCGGACAGAUGUUGUGAACACCUUGCGCGUCUACCCGAACAUCUCCGGCAAGGAGAUGGUUGAGGAGGUGCGCCGCACCUACCCGAUGCGCAACGUUAUCGCUGUGGCGCAUUAUGAGCCGUCCGAGGAGGAGCUGCCGUCACUGGUGAUCACCGCGAUUGAUGUGGUGACCGGCAGUGUCUUGGCGACGACACGUCAUGCGAACGUGGAGGGGGACGUGAAGAUGGUUAUUGUGGAGCACGCCAUUGUCUACUACUAUCUCGACGCCAAGAAGAUGCGCUACUGCUUCGGCGUGUGGGAGCUGUUUGAGGAUGAGAACAGUCCGGUUGUGUCCAAGACAGCCGGCGCCACGAUUCCGCAGAUUAUCGCCUCUUUCUUCGUCAACACGAAGCGCGAGUUCAGCUCCCGUGCGACGCGCCCGCCGGCCGUGGUGGUGUCAACUCUCGGCUCCGUUGGCGGCCCGCUAGCUGAUAUGAGCGUCACCACCUCCUACAACGCCAUCUCCCGGAAAAGUCUUGUGCUGGCGUACGCGACGGGGCGUGUGGUGGUGGUGGAGCUGCGGCUCCUACUUGCCGGUAACCAGAUACCCCUGCCAGGUGAGAAGGGUCGCCAAAUGUCGCACCUCCUGCUCCCCAGCUUCUUGUUCGCGUCACACAAGUACCGCGUCGCCUUUCCGCGCAAGAUCACGACGGAGCCGACGCUGCUGGAGAGCUCUUGUCACGUGGUAGUGUCGGGCCUCGAUCUCUUCUACGUGCGCUCCUCGUCCGGCAAGCCGUUCGAUCUGCUCAAUAGUGACUUCAACAAGCCCCUGCUUAUCACACUCGUGUGCAGCUUCGCUGCUCUCUCCGUGAUGGUGCGCUACUUUGUUAAUCGCAAGGCCCUGAACUUGGCGUGGCAGUAG